UAGCAUUUUCUUUCCAAGGAGUUGUCAGAAAGUGACAUUGAAAGUUUUAGCAAUGGGCUAAAAGCCAUGUCAUAUAUUUUGAGGGACCUGCCGUCAUUAAUGUUGACAUGGGAGAACAUGUCUACUGUAUUUACUGCUAAAUUUCGUUCAAUUAAAACAUUAUGGAAAUUUAUUGUUGAAUGCAACGAAUAUCUCACAAGGGAUCCUACUGGUGUCACAUUUGUUAAAAUGUUUUUUCAUCCAGUUACUAUUUAUAAUGAAAAGCAUUUCACAAAGUGGGAUGAUGAAGGACCAGUUAUGCUUGAAAAUAUUGUUGAUCUCAUUAGAAAAAAAGAAUGGGAUUUUCAUAAUUUUUUGCCAAUUUUAAAUUUAUGGCUGGCUAUUUUUGUGAAAUCUAUUGAUUUAACACAUCCUGAGUGUAAGGAACAUAUUGAGAUACUUUUCCAGAAAUCUAAACUAUGGUCUAGCUAUGACACAUGUCUUAAUGAGAAGCUACAGCAAUUGUUUGUUGAAAAAUGUUCAAAAUUAUCUAUUGAUCGUUUUAGUGAUUUAAUUCUUCUGGGUCACUUCGAUAAAGUUGAGAUAUACAAAACUUUUCUAAAUUCUCUUUCGUACAGUGUGAAGCAAGAAAAUUCUAUUAUGCAUUUACUAUGCUUAGCUAGUAAAUAUUUCAUAGAACAAGAUGAUCCUCAGGAAAUAUUUUUAUUGUUUUUCUACAAUAUUGGAUCUUACUAUGUCAAGAGCAAGCGGUCAUUUGAGUUUAUUAAAAAAAUUCUUGAAGCAAAGAUUUUUAUGACUGAAAGUUAUUUUGAUGGAGAAUUUGGAAAAAAGUUUAAAAAUUUCAUUAUUGAUAGCAAACUUCAAAAAGAAAUUUACAACAAGAUUUUUUCUGCUUUUGAUAAAGUUGUAGUACAUGAUGGUGCAUUUCAAUAUGAAGUAAUCAAAGUACUAUUACAGGAGGUCAUUUUUUCAGUUGGCCCUGUCACUAAUGAUGCAGUAUCAUUCUUUCGUCCUAUUUUCUCUAGAGACUGUGAUUUUACUGUUAAGGUUCGAGCUGCUUUGAUUGUGUUUGGAAAGGUAGUUUUGAGCCAAUCUCCAAGUAUUGAGUGGUUCAGAGAUAAUACGACAAAACUUUGUUUAAUUGCCCAGCUGAUAUCUAACUUCACAUCAGAUAACUUGGCCAUCUGUAUUCCUGAAUCAAGGAUUCUUAAGAAUAUUAUAACUCAGUUUAUUAGCCUUCUAAGGAAAAUAUUUGAUGUAAUGGAAACAAAGCAUAUUACUUUUGGGCAACUGGUAGUACUUUCUGAACAUUAUUUGACCUAUAAGACAAUAUAUGACUGCACCUUGAAAUUUGAGUAUUCAGCUUGCUGUGCUAUUGCAGAAGAAAGAAUUAGUAAAGCAAUAGAGUUUCAAUCGAAAAUUUUAAAACUAUUAGUGAAAGAACAUGCAUAUGGAGGGUAUGUUGAUAAACAUAUGUCAUUGCAGUACUUUAAGUGUCAAAUUUUGUAG